GCCGACUGGCCUUGAUCCCUGCAAUGGAUCUACAGUAUUUGCGGGAGAUUGGCUUGCACCAUGAGUUUGGAGAGGCAUUGAGUACUGAUACGGCAGAGUUGCCCUUGGCUGCCGUCAUGCCCGACGAUCUGGAGUUCGAUGAGGAGGCCGAGGCGGCGGUGGCGGCCGGGCUUCCCCUCUUCCGCUUCGGCUUCCGGGAGGCUGUGGAGCUCCCGGACGGAGGGCCGCGCGGCUUCCGCGGGAUCUUCCGCGGCUUCAUGCUGGCGCGGGGGCGUCGAAGGCUGCUGCAUGAGGGCCUCAAGGAGCAGGGCAUUGAGCUGCUGGUGCCGCCCCACUGCUACGAGGCGGCGCACUUCUUCCCCGCGACCUACGCGACGCUGGCGCCGCUGUCGCCGCGGGCCUGCUGGGCGCCGGUGGAUGGCCCCGCCACCCCGGAGACCUUCCGCUCGGCCUGCGAGGAGGUGAGGAGCUGGAACUGCCGAUACGUGGUGCUGAAGGACUUUGUGAAGAGUGCAAAGGCCCACGGCAAGCGUUUCAUGCAGGUCCCCAUGGAGGACCUCGAGGAUGCUGCAUGCGACUUCGUUGCAGCGCGGGGUGCGCGAUUCAACGAAGGCGUGGUCUUCAAGGAAUAUGUGGAUCUGGUAAGAUAUCCGGGUCGCGGUGAGGCAAGCACCAACGAGUGGCGGCUCUGGUUCCUGGGGGGCAACUUGAUGGAGGUCACCGCCAACUCCUUCCAGGAAAUCAUAGGAGGGCGCCGAGCCACCUCCGAAGCAGGUCUUAGAGCAGGUGUCUGGAAUGGCUCGGUCCAUCGACAACCCAUACAUCACCAUUGAUGUUGCCGAAGCAAGCUCAGGUUGGAUCAUCCUGGAGGCAGGCGAUGGCGGCGUGUCAGGCCCCGCGCCUGGGCAGGAUUUGGCGAAGCAUUGGAAGUUGUUGGCCAGCCAUUUUCAACACGAAGUUGGACAGAUUUGUGGCGUGGAUGUGGAGAAGAAGGGCGCCUAGAAGGAGCAGAAGAGGAAGGAGGAGAAGAAGGAGAAGGAAGUGAAGGAAGAGAAGGAACAGAAGGAAGAAAAGGAAGAAAAGGAA